CAAUUUUUUCAUAUUUGAUUAUUAUAACUUCUUCUAUAAAAUCAUUUGCAAUCCUGAAGACAAUUAUCGUCUAAGUGUUUGAAUCAGAAUUGCCACAGCUUUAUUAUAAAGCAACCAAAUCCUCCCAACAAUACAGGCUUUUUUAACUAUCCCCAAAACUAAGUUUACAUUUUCUUAUUACGAGUAAUAAGAUGGAACAUCCUGAUGAUGAUUCGCAUGGUGCUGGUGAAGACCAGAACAAGCAAGAUGAUGAGGUAUCUCGUCGUGAAGAGUUAAAGAAGUCCUUAGAGUCAAAAUUGGCUAUUCGUCAGGCUAAUUUGAAUCCUGAAAGGCCUGACUCGAGUGCUCUGCGAACGUUGGACUCCAGCAUUAAGCGUAAUACAGCAGUCAUCAAAAAACUCAAGCAAAUCAAUGAAGAACAGCGCGAAAGUUUGAUGGAUGAAUUAAAAGGCGUCAACUUAAGUAAGUUUGUUAGUGAAGCAGUGGCUGCAAUCUGCGAUGCCAAGUUAAAAAGUUCAGAUAUACAGGCUGCAGUUCAGGUGUGUUCUCUGCUUCAUCAAAGAUACAAAGACUUUUCUCAAACGUUGGUUCAAGGCCUCAUGAAAACCUUCUUUCCUGGGAAAUCCCCAGAGGAUGUAGAUGCCGACAAGAAUUUAAAGGCCUUGAAGAAACGUAGUGCUUUAAAACUUCUGCUGGAGCUGUUUUUUGAUGGAGUUAUUGAAGAGGCUGGCAUUUUUGUGACCAUAAUUAAGGAUCUUGCCAGCUUAGAGCACCUUAAAGAUAGAGAUGCAGCACAUACAAAUUUGUCUCUUCUUGCUAGUUUUGCUCGACAGGCAAGGUACUUCAUAGGACUUCCACAUCCUGGAGAAGAACUUGUUGAAGAGUUUUUUAAGGGACUUAGCAUCACUGCAGACCAUAAGAGGGUGUUCAAAAAGGCAUUAUAUACAUAUCAUGAUGCUGCUGUCGAACUACUUCGAUCUGAACAUACAUCACUCCGUCAAUUGGAGCAUGAGAAUGCAAAGAUUUUAAAUGCCAAAGGCGAGCUCAGUGAGGAAAAUGCUUCUUCAUAUGAAAAACUACGGAAGUCUUAUGACCAGCUGUAUCGAGGCAUAUCCGCUUUGGCAGAAGCCCUUGAUAUGCAAGCACCUGAGAUGCCAGAGGAUGGUCACACAAGGCUCACUACAGGAGAUGAUAUAUCAUCUCCUGGUAUGGGAAAAGAGUCUCCUGUUGUUGAAGCAUUGUGGGAUGAUGAAGAUACCAAAAGCUUUUAUGAAAACCUACCCGAUCUUAGGGCAUUUGUUCCUGCUGUGUUAUUGGGAGAAGCAGAGCAGAAAGUGAACGAACAAUCAUUAAAAAUACAAGAUCAACCAAAUGAUUCAGCACCUGAGCCCAACCAAGCAAUUGCUUCUCAUGAAACUGGGGAGACUUCUGUUGAAGCUGCAGUUUCGGCGGAUCAUAAAAUUGAAAAAAAGAAAGAUGUAGACGAAAAAGAUAAAGGCGCCACGAAGGAAUUAGACAAAGAUAAAGGGAAAGAGAAAGAGAAAGAGGUUGAAGCAAAAGGUGAAAUUGAAAAGGAGAAGCUUCGAGGUCCUGAAGGAACCAACUUGGAUGGUUUAUUGCAGAGGCUUCCUGGCUGUGUGAGCCGCGACCUGAUUGAUCAGCUGACUGUGGAGUUCUGUUAUCUAAAUUCAAAAUCUUCCCGCAAAAAGCUUGUACGCGCUUUAUUUAAUGUGCCCAGGACAUCUCUGGAACUGUUACCUUACUAUUCACGCAUGGUUGCCACACUGUCAACUUGUAUGAAAGAUGUGCCUUCUAUGCUUUUGCAAUUGUUAGAUGAAGAGUUCAACUUUUUGAUCAAUAAAAAGGAUCAGAUAAACAUCGAGUCGAAGAUCAGAAAUAUUCGAUUUAUUGGAGAGCUUUGCAAAUUUAAGAUUGCCCCGUCUGCGCUCAUUUUCAGUUGUCUAAAGGCAUGUUUGGAUGACUUUAGCCAUCAUAACAUAGAUGUAGCCUGCAAUCUUCUUGAGACAUGUGGCCGAUAUCUUUACCGUUGCCCUGAUACUAAUGUACGCAUGACAAACAUGCUAGAUAUUCUGAUGCGCCUGAAAAAUGUUAAAAAUUUGGAUCCUCGGCAUAGUACUCUUGUUGAGAAUGCUUAUUACUUGUGCAAACCACCUGAACGAUCUGCACGGGUUUCCAAAGUUCGCCCUCCUUUGUAUCAGUAUAUCAGAAAGCUACUUUUCUCAGACCUUGACAAGCUAUCAAUUGAGCAUGUGCUGAGACAACUUCGUAAGCUACCAUGGAGUGAAUGUGAAUCAUAUCUAUUAAAGUGCUUUCUGAAAGUUCACAAAGGGAAGUAUGGUCAAAUUCACUUGAUUGCUUCUCUAACUGCGGGAUUGAGCCGAUACCAUGAGGAGUUUGCAGUUGCCGUAGUUGAUGAGGUUUUGGAAGAAAUCCGGCUAGGAUUGGAGAUAAAUGAAUAUGGGAUGCAGCAACGCCGAAUUGCGCAUAUGCGGUUUUUAGGCGAACUAUAUAAUUAUGAACAUGUGGAUUCUUCAGUCGUUUUCGAUACAUUAUAUCUGAUUCUUGCUUUUGGUCAUGGGACUGAAGAGCAAGAUAUGCUUGAUCCACCUGAAGAUUGCUUUCGAAUCAGGUUGAUUAUCACACUUCUAGAGACCUGUGGGCACUACUUUGGCCGAGGGUCAUCAAAAAGGAAAUUGGAUCGAUUUUUGAUUCAUUUCCAACGAUAUAUACUCAGUAAAGACCCCCUGCCUCUUGAUAUAGAAUUUGACUUGCAGGACUUAUUUGCUGAUUUACGCCCCAACAUGUCUCGUUAUUCUACCAUUGAAGAAGUCGAUGCUGCUUUAGUUCAGCUCGAGGAGCACGAACGUACUGUUUCAACUGAAAAGGUCAGUGGCGAGAAACCGGAGAAACAAGCUAGCAUGCUGGCAUCUGGAGGCUCCUCUGUGAAUGGUCAAGCUCUUGCAAAUGGCAUUGAAGAAAAUGGGGGGAUGCAUGAAGGGGAGUCUGAUAGUGCAUCACAGGGUAGUACAAUGGAUCCAGAUGGGAAUGACGAUGAGGAAGAGCUUGAUGAUGAUGCAUGUGACAGUGAUGAUGAUUAUGCUGAAAGGGAUGGUCCAGGCUCUGAUGAAGAUAAUGAAAUCCAUGUUAGGCAGAAAGUGAUGCUAGUUGAUCCCGAGGAAGAAGCCGAUUUUGACCGAGAAUUUAGGGCUCUGAUGCAGGAAAGCUUGGAUUCGAGGAAGCUGGAGUUGCGGGCCCGCCCGACGCUAAACAUGAUGAUACCAAUGAAUGUCUUUGAGGGAUCUAUAAAGGACAACCAUGGAAGGGUGAGUGAGGGAGAAAGUGGUGAUGAGGCAAUAGACUAUGAAUCUGGGGGACGUAAGGAGGUGCAGGUCAAAGUUCUGGUCAAACGAGGGAGCAAACAACAAACGAAGCAGAUGCUUAUACCCAGUGACUGCUCACUUGUGCAGAGCACAAAACAGAAAGAAGCAGCAGAGUUGGAAGAGAAACAGGAUAUAAAGAGGCUGGUCUUGGAGUACAACGAUAGAGAAGAGGAAGAACUCAAUGCAUUGGGAAAUCUUCCUGUGGGCUGGAGUCAAACUGGUGGUGGCAGAGUAGUCUAUAGAGGCCACUCGUGGGAAAGCCAUGGUGGGAGGUCUGGAUCCCGCCAUAGGUACCCGCAUCAUACAGGUGGUGGAUACUACUAUAGCCGAAAAAAGUGAGUAUUCAAUGAAGUUCCAUGCUUUGGAUAAUGUCAAGUUGUCAACAAGAUCCCUAACCUACAAGAUAGACCUAGAGUUGGGUUUGUAGACUCAAGUUGUGCUCUUGUGGGCUAUAUGGCCAAGUCUUGUGGGUGUAUAUUAUGUCAAUAUACUACACCUGUAUUUAGCUUAUGAGCUAAUGAAGAAAGCAUUGGUGUCUUGGUUCGAAAUGAGUUAUAUGUAUUUUUAUUCGACACCAAAAAACUUUGGUGCACACUUGUUCAACUUACGUUGCAACGUGGGUGGGUUGUAUGAAGAGUCAAGCAAGUCAUUCUAGUACGGCAUAAGCUUGGCUAUAAAGUUGUUUGCGGUUGUCCAUAAUGCAUCAAUUAUGUGUACGGUACCAAUAGUGUUACAAUCAAAGUUUGAGUCUUUUGAGUAAAACCUUUUAUCA